AUGGCCACCAACUGGUUCACGGGCGCUCCCUUCGGGGUGCAGAGCCACAGUUUUGACGUCUCCGCUGUCUAUCCCAACCAGAAGAAGUUCAGCACCUUCAGGGACGCCCCGUACUCCAGGGUUUACUCUGUGGACGUGUCCCACACAGGACCUGGGACCUAUGGCUGCAAGGACACCUGAUUCAGCAUCAAGAAGUUGAAGAAUGAGGUGGGCACAGGCUGCGCCAAGGCCCAGGAAGCCACCCGGCUGACACAGCUGCCCCACUUCCAGUACCGGGCCAUCAUGAAAGAGAAGCGGCAGCAGAAGGAAGAGCUGGGGCCUGGCUCCUACAACUCCAAAGACUUCUUAGAAGAGUUGCAGGAGAAACCGGGCCGCUCCGGGGAGGUUCGCUUCGGAGGACUCAUUGAGAACUACUAUCCAGGCCCUGGAAAUUAUGGGGAGAAGGGCAACCCAUACACGAAGCUGGAGGAGAGUGCCUGGAACUGGUCUCAUUCCAAGGGCCUCAUGUGCAGGAUGACCAACAAGCCACCCCCCUUGGCUCAUCAGGGGAGCGGUCUGGCACUGGUCACCUACACCUUCAAAAGUGGCAUCGAGGCGUACCUGGCACAAUCCAUGGGCACCGGCAGCCUCUAUGACACUUUCUCUGGUGACCGAAGCAAGCCCCAGCCUUAUGGACAUUACUCUGUGCAGAAAAAAAAGGCUCAGGGAACUAAUUUCAAGAGCUUCGUGGAAGAACUUGACUCACAUCACAAUAAGAAGCGUGGUGUUUUUUCAAAAGUUCCCCGCAACCCGGAAACCCCUCCAGAAGGAAUUUAUUGGGCCACCCUUAGCCAGUGUCCCCCCAAAACUAGUGCCACGUCUGGUCCUGGUACGUGGCUUCCUCCAGAGAAGGAAUGCAAACACAUCAACCAACCACCGUUCCUGCUGUCUUCCAAGCGGAUAGGCAUAAAGGCCUCCCAGGUGAUUCUGGGAACCUGGAACCCCGUGGGUGUGGGUCGCUACCUCAACACCCAGCUGAUGGAGACAAAGGACCAUCGGCAGCGAUACCGGUCCCUGUUCAUGGGUGGAUCCAAGUGCUACCUCUUGGACCCGGCCCGGGACAUGCUCAUGCAUUGAGUGCUGCUGGAGCUCCAGGAAAGAAUCACACCUUUUACUAAGGGGAAGUGCCCUCCAACUGUGGAUUACAAUUCAGAUACUAUUCCUUAA